AUGCAUCAUUAUAAUCUUUGUUGGGGUCCUUUGGAUCACCUGAAACAAGAAGCAAAAAAGGCUGAUUUUAAAGGAGCCAGUAUGAGUCGACAGAAGUUUGGGAGUGGAAGAGCUGUUGAAACUUCUCUUUCAUCAUCUCCUUCAUUGAAAGGGAAAAGAGAUGUGAUGGCUAAACAUUCAGAGGCAAUGGACUUCGGAGAUUGGUGCAAAAAUGAAUGUGUGAAGCUUCUUGGAUCCAAAGGAGGUCCUCCUGUAUGUCGAAUAUGUCUUCAUUAA